AUGCUCACUUAUCAGGCACUUAAGCAGCUACGCACCUCAUCCUUCCUAACCCGCCGUGGCUUUGCCGUGCUCACCACUGACACGAUCAACCCCAACAUCGUCAAGGCCGAAUACGCUGUACGUGGCGCGCUGGUGCUGCGCUCCAACGACUAUGCGGACCGAUUGGCACGCGGAGACAAGUCGUUGCCCUUCGAUAAGGUCAUCCCUUGCAAUAUCGGCAAUCCGCUCGUGCUGAAGCAGGAGCCCAUCGAAUUCCAUCGGCAGGUGCUAGCGCUUGUCAAUGUACCGGGUCUCGUGGACGAACCAGAGGCGCAGAAGAUCUUUCCGCCGGACGCCAUUGCCCGCGCCAAGUUUUACAUCGACAACAUCGUGGGUGGUACAGGUGCUUAUGGACACAGUAAAGGCUCGGCCGUCGUGCGUGAGGAGGUCGCGCGCUUUAUGGAGCGACGUGAUGGCCACUCCGCUAAUCCGGAGGACAUUUUUCUCACGGACGGUGCCAGUCCGGCGGUGCAGAACUCGCUACUGACUCUGAUCCGCGAUGAAAAUGACGCCAUCCUUGCCCCUAUUCCUCAGUACCCGCUGUAUUCGGCGGCCAUUGCCCUUAACGGCGGCUCUCUGGUGGGCUACUACCUGAAUGAGGAGAAUGCCUGGGGCCUGGACGUGAAGGAGCUAGCACGUGCUGUAAAGGAAGCUCGUGACGCAGGCAAGAACGUGCGUGCAAUGGCUGUGAUCAACCCUGGCAACCCAACAGGCCAGUGCCUGUCAUUGGAAAACAUUGAGACAAUUAUUAAGUUUUGCAAGGAGGAGAACAUUUUGAUUCUGGCUGACGAGGUGUACCAGGAGAACGUGUACGCUAAGGGCAAAAAAUUCCUAUCGUUCAAGAAGGUGUUGCGUGACAUGGGCAAAGCGUACAAGGAUGUGGAGCUUAUUUCGUUCCACUCGACGUCCAAGGGUUUCACAGGUGAGUGUGGUCGUCGCGGUGGCUACAUGGAGCUGGUGAACAUCGAUGACAGCGUCAAAGACCAGAUUUACAAGCUCAUGUCGGUGAGCUUGUGCUCGAACAUAGACGGCCAGCUAGUGGUGGGAAUGAUGACCAACCCGCCACAGCGCGGCGACGCGUCGUACGAGCGGUAUGCCGAGCAGCGUGAUGGUAUCCUUGGAUCGCUUAAGCGCCGUGCGGUGAAGCUCGUGAAGGCCUUUAACGAGCUGGAGGGAGUCACGUGCAACGAGACUGAGGGUGCAAUGUACACGUUCCCGAACAUCACGCUUCCGGCUAAGGCCAUCGAGGCCGCCAAGGAUGCAGGUAUGGCGCCUGACGCAUUCUACUGCACGCAGAUGCUGGAUGAUACGGGAAUUGUGGUUGUACCUGGCUCGGGUUUCGGCCAAAAGGAGGGUACGUGGCACUUCCGCUCGACGAUCUUGCCGCCCGAGGAAGCUGUGGACGAGGUGAUCGAGAAGACCUCCAAGUUCCAUGCCAAGUUUAUGGACAGGUACCGAUAG